ACUUGGACGGGAAAGGACCAGAAAUUGCCAGAACUUUUUAUUGCAAAGCAGGCCUAUAGGAACGACUCAGGUACUGUUAAUAUCGCCAUCUCCGAUAAUAAUUCCCAAACGUGGGUAUUAACCUCCGUGAAUAGUGGACCAAUUCAAAUAAUCAAUCGAUCUUCUAACUAA